AUGGCACAAGUAUUAAUAAUGAAUGAUAAUAGAAGAACAAAUGGUGUUGAAUAUAGUCAAUUAUUGAUAAAUAAAGAAAAUAAAGAAAGUAUAACACUUAUUUGGUUUGAUCCGAAUAGUAAUUUACGUGAAGAUACUGAACAAAUAGCACGACUUCGUCUAAUUAUUGAUUAUAUCAUUAUUUUUAUUAAUCUUGAAGAAUGUAUUUCAUUUAUUCAAUCAAUUAAUAAAGAGAAAAUCUUUUUAAUUACAUUAGGAGCAGAAGCAACACAAAUUUUAUCUCGAAUUUCUUCUUUUCGUCAAAUUGAUUCAAUUUUCAUAUUUAGCAAAGAAACAAAUCGAUAUGAAUAUUUAUUAAAUGAAUAUUCAAAAAUUAUUGGAAUUUAUACUGUUUUUGAUGAUUUAUGUAAAUCAAUUAAGGAACAAAUUGAUUUUGUUUAUAAACAAAUACAAACAUUUUCUUUUUUUGAUCAACAUAAAAAAUUAACUAAAGAUUUAUUUAAAGAAUCAGCAGAGUUUCUUUGGUUUCAAUUAUUUCAUUAUGUUAUUGCUCGUCUUCCACGAACUCAAAAAGAAAAACAGCAAAUGAUUAAAAAAUGUAAACAAUAUUAUUGUGGAAAUACAAAAGAAAUGAAAUCAAUUUAUGAAUUUGAACAAAAUUAUGAAUCAAAAGAUGCAAUUUUUUGGUAUUCAAAACAAUCAUUUAUUUAUAAAUUAAUUAAUAAAGCAUUAAGAAUACAAGAUAUUGAUUUAUUAUAUGAACUUAGAUUUUUUAUUGUUGAUUUUUCUAGAAAUCUUCAACGUGAACAUGAAAAUAUUUUAUUAUCAAAAGAAAGAUUUCUGCAUGUUUAUCGAGGAAUUAAACUUAACAAACAAGAAUAUAAUAAAUUGAAAGAAAAUCGAGGAAAACUUAUUUCAACAAAUGGAUAUUUAACCACUACUAAACGAUUAUCAUCAGCAAUAAAUAUGGCACAAAAACCAACAAAGAGAGUUGAUGUCAUUCCUGUUCUUUUCCAUAUUCAAUGUGAUAUAAACCAAAUUGAUAAAAAUAUUAGUUUUGCUGAUAUUGAUCAAUUUAAUGAAUGUUCAAAUAAACAAGAAGUUUUAUUUGAUUUCAAUGUUUGUUUUAAAAUCGAAUCUAUUCAAGAAAAUGAAUUAUUUCAAACAAUUACAAUGAGUCUUUCAAAUAAAGGACAACAAAUUACAAAAGAUUUUAUUGAAUUAAGACAAAAAGAAACAGAAGAACAAAGUAUUUUAUUUAUUUUUGGAAGAUUAUUCUGUGAUUUAGGUGAAUAUAAUAAGUCACAAAAUUAUUUUCAAAAAUUACUCGAGGAUUCAAAUGAUGAAGAUCAUGCUUGGAUUGAAUUUAAUAUUGGCCGAGCUCUUCAUCUUAAAGGUGAAUGGAAUGAAGCUAAAGAAUAUUAUUAUCGUGCAUAUGAUCGUAUGAUACAAAACAAACCAGCACGAACCAAAGAUUCUGCUCAUGUUCUCAAUAACAUUGGCAAUAUUCUUACUAAUCAAAGAAAAUACGAUGAAGCAUUUGAACAUCUUCAACGAACAUUGAAAAUUAAAGGGAAAUUUUAUCCAUCUGAUCAUGUUGAUAUUGCUCAUGUUCUUAACAACAUCGGUAAUGUUCUUGCUAAUCAAAAAAAGUACGAUGAAGCUCUCGAUUAUUAUCAACGAGCGUUGAAAAUGAAAGAAAAAUUAUAUCAAUAUGAUGAUAUCGAUAUUGCUAUAAGCCUUAGUAACAUUGGUCACAUUCUCUUCAAUCUAGAACAGUACGAUGAAGCUCUUAGUUAUCAUCUACGAGCGUUAAAAAUUGAUGAGAAAUUUUAUCCAUCUGAUCAUGUUCAUAUUGCUGAUAGUUUGAAUUAUAUUGGAAUUUGUUAUGAAAAUCAGAAACAGCUAAAGAUGGCACUGGACUAUUAUUUGCGUGCACUGGAGAUUUAUGAGAAGAUUCUUCCUGUUGAACAUCCUAGUCGACAGACAAUUGAGAAGCAUAUUUUUCGACUUACUAGAAGUAACUAA